AGGUCCUCUAAAUCGUAGCUCACAAAUUUUUUACUUUAUAUGAUUAUUUGAGCUAGUUUUAUUUUAUGAAUGUGGAAACCAGUGGGGUUUAAGCAGACCCAUGUUGAGCUUAAUUUUGAUUAAAAAGCAGUGGAAAUUUUGGUUAACAAGAAGCGGACUAGGUGAUAAUUUUCUUUGGCGGAGACUCCGAAUACCCUCGGGGACCUAUCAUUCCCCGCGAGUAUGGAGACCGAGGCUAUUUUUGAUCCUCCGCCAAAAAUCCCCAUGGGGAUCCCUGGACUUGCCAUUGGCAAGGAUGGGGAUGGGAAUGGGGACGGGAUCCCUGCUCUCGUGGGGACCCAUUGCCAUCCUUUCCUAUGAGCUAUGGUCCCAAAUGUUUGAGACUUAGGAGAAUUUUAAGUCUACAAAUGAUAUCUAGGCUAGCAAUAUUCCUUUCACAUUGUUGUUUUUGUAGCAAGGGCAAAUUGUAUUUCUUUUAAAUUUGGAUUUUACAGUGCUUCACUUAUAGCUGGUGUUUUGAGUGCAUAAAGGGUUAAAGAAAAGGGGUGAUGCAUGUGGAAUAAAGCUUCCUUUUACAA